ACAACUGUCACAGUCAUCUCAGGUUGCCUAGUUAGUUAGUGACACCGGUACUCGUUUUUACAGAAAACAAAAAAGCAUUCAAAAUCUAAACUAUGAGCCUAGAAGAAAGCAAGUCCUACUUAUCCAUUGACCCUGAGGUGUUAAACAGAGCCAAACAAGCCAUAGGCGAAGAUGACGAGAGAAAAGACGCCACGUUGAAAAUCAUUAAAGAGUGGCUGAAGAAACAGCCUCACUUGACAUGUUCUCCAGAUGACAGAUUUGUCCUUAUGUAUGCCAGAGGAUGUAAAUAUAGUUUAGAGAAAAUGAAGCGCAAAAUUGAUUUAUGCCUUACUAUGAGAGCAAUGCUACCAGACAUUUUCGGUGGAUGGGACGCAAAAAGACCUGAAAUUCAAAACGCUCUUAAAUACGGAAUAAUGCUACCUCUACCUGGAUUUGAUGAUCUUGGCCGUAAAGUGUUCAUUUACCGAAUGGGAUGUUUUCCUCCCGAAAAAGUGAAGGUUGAAGAUUUGGAAAAAGCGUCAGGAAUGGUUGCUGAGGUUUUAGCUUACGAAGAGCCGGUAAUGUUCAUAACCGGCGCGGUGGUUAUCGUUGAUUUCGAGGGCUACUCACUAAGCCAUCUGACUCAUAGGCCAUUAUCAUUCAUGAAGAAGCAAGCAAAAUACUUUCAGGAUGCCGGCCCAGCGAGCCCCAAAAGUAUAAAUUUUAUUAGAACUCCGGCUGCAUUUAACACCGUUUACAAUCUCGUAAUGGGUAUUCUAAAUGAUAAAAUGAAACAAAGGGUUAAAGUACAUGGCAGCGAUUUUGAAUCUUUGUACAAACAAGUUCCAAAAGCCAUCCUUCCUUCGGAUUACGGAGGUCAAGGACUUUCCACUGCAGAAUUAACAGAUUUUUGGAAGAAAAAAGUAGAAGACAAUCGGGACUUCCUUCUUCAACAGGCAAAAUAUUUGGCCGAUGAAUCGAAACGUCAGGGUAAACCAAGAACGACGGAGGAGCUAUUUGGCAUUGAAGGAUCAUUCCGCAAACUUGACGUUGAUUGAUUCAUUUUUGUUUUCUCAGAAACAGUUUUAUACUAAGUAAAAUAAUGCAUUUCAACUGCUUAGUAUAGAUAUUGAGCAAUACAAUUAAGAAACCCCU